CAUAAUAGCAAGACCCUCCCCCACUCACACCAAAAGUCGCUUCUUUUUCGGUCAACGGCAAGUUGGACUAACUAGUUGCGAGUCACAGAAUGCGAAGGGAACUAAUAUUGUUGUACGUGUCGCUACUACUGCUGGCAAGUGGUGGAAUAAUCAGAGCUGAUGUCGGAGAAAGUGGCGAAGGUCCUCUUGCUCCCGCCUGCACUGAGUAUGAUGUCCGUCUGGCAGAAGGCAACAAUGGGUAUAUGGGAAUGGUGGAGGCAUGCUACACCCCUCCUGGCGCCAACAGCUCUCUGUGGGGUCCCAUAUGCGUCACUAGUUUUAACUACUGGACUGUGAUCCACGCUAAGACCAUCUGUACUCAGCUUGGCUUACCUUCCAAAGAUGCAGUUGCCAUAUCGUAUGAGAAUGUAACAGGACCAUAUUCCUAUGGGUUGGUGUGGUGUAGUAGUUCGAACCCACCAAGUAGCCUGCACGGAUGUGAUGCAGAGGACAUUGCACCUACCUGCAAUCUCGUCAAAAGAGCUGGAGGAGUCAUAUGCCAUGUUCCAGAGAAUAAUACGUGUGAGACGGGAGCUGUUCGUCAAGUAAAUGGCACCAAACUGGCGGGGAGAGUGGAGGUCUGUUUCAAUGGGCUGUGGGGAACCGUCUGCGAAUUCGAACAUUGGAGUAGUCUCGAAGCUUCCGUUGUGUGCAGGCAGAUAGGAUUGGGCAGUGAUUCGUCGAUACCCAUUGGAGUUACGACAGAUACAAUGUUUGGUGCUGGGCCAUCAACACAACCUAUUCUCAUCUCGAAUGUGGUGUGCUCUGGCAAUGAGAGUAAAAUAACCGAGUGCUCUCAUUCUGACGUGAAUAGUGUGGGGGUAUGUUUACACGAGGAUGAUGUUGGUGUAAUAUGUGAAGCCCCUCCAGGUAGCUGUCGAGACGGUGACAUACGUGUGCAAGGUGGUACAGUCGGCACCGUUGACUCUGUGAGUGGUAACAUUGAAGUCUGCUACACUGGGCUCUGGGGAACAGUGUGUGCUAGCGACUGGACUAAUGAAAAUGCCCAAGUGGCCUGCAGACAGCUAGGAUAUGCUGAAGUUGAAACUACUGAGCUUAGACCGCUGCAGCCUGGUGACUUUCACCUCCAGAGUCUUCUGUCUGGAGUGAACUGCUCUGGAUCAGAAAAGAGACUGGCUGACUGUCAUCAUGAUGGUGUGGAUUUGGCUGACACUACUGGUUGUGGACGGGCCUUUGUCAGAUGUCUGAAGCAAAUUCCUACC